AUGCCCCUUUCACAAUCCUCCGGGACUUAUUCAUCGCCCUCUGAUGGUAGUCAUGGCUAUAGUAUGCCCGAGAAAACCAACAGGGCAUUCAGUACCCUAGAAGUUGUUCCCCCGAGCAACCUCGAGCAUUAUAAAAGGGCGUCGGAAGUUCGGAGGACAUUCUGUCCUAGUUGGAUGUCUUUUGGACAAGGAGCUAACGAUGGGAGAGAGCCUCCGUUUACAGGCUCGGGGUCCGACGUUCCAAUCACAAUGCCGCCAGAAAACAAUAGAUCAGCGACACGAAUAACAAUCUGUGGAAUGCCGCAAAGGGUGUUUUGGAUAGUCUUUGGAGUCAUCGCUAGUCUUCUAGCCAUUGGCGUGAUUGUCGGAGGCGCCGUUGGAGGAACCCGAAAAUCAGCAGCACCCGCAGUAACUACAGUAACGGCAGCACCUGAAGCUGCAGCAUCUACAUUGUCUACAGUGGCUCCAACGCCUACAGUAACGGCAGUCGUCACAGUCACAUACACCCCAACGAAAACGACCACUUCAUCGACAACCUCCGAAUCAUCAACAUCCUCCGCAACAUUUGCGACGGCGGUUACGACUACUGCAGUAUGUGUCGGGGGUACUGGACAAGGAAAUUACGUCGGUUUAUGUUCAUUUGCUUGCAAUUAUGGAUAUUGCCCUGCUGGUCCAUGCACAUGUACUUCAUCUGGCGCACCGCUUCCAACGCCUCCGACUACUGGUGUCAAUGGUAUACCUCUUGCAGGCGAGGACGCCUCGUAUUUGGGAUUAUGCAGUUUUUGUUGCAACCACGGCUAUUGCCCGUCCAGUGCCUGUACCACUUCUUCAUCUUGA